UAAUUCUGAAAUCUGUCAAUUAAAACAAGCAGUCAUCCGUCAGUGUCACAAUUCCUCAUCACCACCACCCGUGACCAUCAGACCACCACCAAAACAAACACUCCUCAGAUAUUCCAACAAAAAACAGUUAAAAAAUAAAAUAAACCAUGUAAUCGCAUUAUAGUAACGUAUAACUCCGGACGGCUAGCUAGCAAAAUGGUGUUCAUGCGAUACGAGUACCCCACCAACUCGUUCCCAUACAAAAUUAGCAAGCGUCUGAAUGCUCUUAGCGUGCCUAGGAAAGACUUUGUUGACACUCAAGAUGAGAUGCCAGCUUACACCGCUACUGGCACCAGGAAAUCUGCCUUGAACGGACAAACUACUGACAGAGUGAACGACAUCGCGUGGCCUUGGACAAGGAGAUUAAUGGUCAUCAAAAGGAUGUACAAGAGGCAGUUUAGUCAGGAACGCUUAGAACGCAUUGAUCGCAUGAUAGAAGCCGCCAAUGGUACCCUGUACUCCAAGCUAGCUAACUGUGUCAUCGACCUCAAGAAGAUGGACUUUAGGGACGUUAAGAAGAAGAAGGGAUGGACUGAGAGUGAGUGGAAGAAACACAUGGACUAUAUCUCUGCGGUCGCUGCUCCUAAGAGGGAGUUUAAACCACCACCUGUUCAGCGAGGCAAAUCCAUGCCUCUAGAAGCUCUAUUGCCGCGGAUCGAGGCGAUGAUGGUCCGUCCCGACUACAAGUGCUACAAGAGAAUGUCGCAAGAGGCCUGGUACAGGGAUCCAGUAAAGGUACCGCCAAACGCCCUCAAGUACGUUAUAACAGAGAGGACGAAGAAGCUAGCCGCUCCGAGAGCUAUGCCCCGUGCGGAAUAAACAGCUAUUCCUAUAUACAAGCAUUUAUAUAAUCUGUCUGUUGAAACUGAACUCAUGCCCGUCCAGUCCAGUGGAACUAUGAAGUAUUGCCAGUUAUAGGAAGAUAAUGUAGGUACAACUGUCAAACGCAAUCUGAAAUAUUUAUAAGUGAUUAAUUACCAGAAAUAAACAAGCUGUAAACUUUU